CCAGGUGUUUGUAUUCAGUGCCAAAAUACAUGUAAAUGUUUAUUUGUAUUAGUUCUAUUCUUUGUAGCAGAUAUGAAGCAGUUAAGACUAGAUGUUUUAGAAACAAAUUUACAUACUUAGGUUGCUGACAGAUUUUAUCUGCAAUUCUUUCAACCAGAUUGGGGGAUGAUGUCUACGAUACCUUCAUGAUGAUUGAUGAAACCAAAUGUCCACCUUGUUCAAAUGUACUCUGCAAUCCUGCUGAACCACCUCUACCCAGAAGACUAAAUAUCACCAGUAAGCAGUUAACAAGAGAUCAUACUCAGCCCGUUCUGAAUGGAGGUGAGAUGAAGGUAGAACAGCUGUUUCAAGAAUUUGGUAAUAGAAGAUCUGAUACUUUCCAGUCAGACGGCAUCAAUGAUUCUGAAAAAUGCUCUCCCACCGUUUCUCAGGGUAAAAGUUCAGCCAGCUUGGAUACGGUAAAAUCCAGCAGUUCACCCAAGGCAUCCAAAGUGGUGCCUCUGACCCCAGAACAAGCACUGAAGCAGUAUAAACACCACCUCACUGCUUAUGAGAAGCUGGAAAUCAUCAAUUAUCCAGAAAUUUACUUUGUGGGUCCCAACGCCAAGAAAAGGCAUGGCGUUAUUGGUGGGCCCAAUAACGGUGGGUAUGAUGAUGCUGAUGGGGCCUAUAUUCAUGUGCCCCGAGACCAUCUAGCUUAUCGAUAUGAGGUGCUGAAAAUUAUUGGCAAGGGGAGUUUUGGACAGGUAGCCCGGGUCUAUGAUCACAAACUUCGGCAGUAUGUGGCCCUAAAGAUGGUGCGCAACGAAAAGCGCUUCCACCAUCAAGCAGCAGAGGAGAUCCGGAUUUUAGAGCAUCUGAAAAAGCAGGAUAAAAACGGUAGCAUGAAUGUUAUCCACAUGCUGGAAAGUUUCACAUUCCGGAACCAUGUUUGCAUGGCUUUCGAAUUGCUGAGCAUAGACCUCUAUGAGCUAAUUAAAAAAAACAAGUUUCAGGGUUUUAGUGUCCAGUUAGUGCGCAAAUUUGCUCAAUCCAUCUUGCAAUCCUUGGAUGCUCUCCACAAAAAUAAGAUCAUUCACUGCGACUUGAAGCCAGAAAACAUCCUCCUGAAACACCAUGGGCGCAGUGCGACCAAGGUCAUUGACUUCGGGUCCAGCUGUUUCGAGUACCAGAAGCUUUACACAUAUAUCCAGUCUCGAUUCUACAGAGCUCCAGAGGUCAUCUUAGGGAGCCGCUACAGCACACCUAUUGACAUAUGGAGUUUUGGCUGCAUCCUUGCAGAGCUUCUAACAGGGGAGCCUCUCUUCCCUGGGGAGGACGAAGGAGACCAACUGGCCUGUAUGAUGGAGUUGCUAGGGAUGCCACCACCAAAACUUCUGGAACAAUCCAAACGUGCCAAGUACUUUAUUAACUCCAAGGGCCUACCUCGCUACUGUUCUGCAACUACUCAGGCAGAUGGGACGGUUGUGCUUGCGGGGAGUUGCUCACGUAGGGGCAAAAAGCGGGGUCCUCCAGGCAGCAAAGACUGGGUAACAGCUCUGAAAGGGUGUGAUGACUACUUGUUUAUAGAGUUCUUGAAAAGGUGCCUGCACUGGGACCCCUCUGCCCGCCUGACUCCAGCUCAAGCACUAAGACACCCUUGGAUUAGCAAGUCUGUACCCAGACCUCUGGCCAUGGAAAAAUUGUCAGGUAAACAAGUAGUAAAUCCUGCAAGUGCUUUCCAGGGACUGGGCUCCAAGCUGCCUCCAGUUGUUGGAAUAGCUCAUAAGCUUAAAGCUAACUUGAUGUCAGAAACCAAUGGCGGUAUACCUCUGUGCAAUGUGUUGCCAAAACUGAUCAGCUAAUGGACACCCAUAUGCUCAGAGAUGCAUAUGUAUGUAUUUUUUUAAUUAUCUUGCAAACCUGAUAAUGGGGGAAAAAAAUACAAGCCCAUUAAUAGAUAUGUUUUUGAUUGACUGGAUUUCUUUUUUUAACAAGGCAAGCAUUUUAUAUGACUAAGAGAACUCUUCAAGGGCUAAUUACCUAACCAGCUUGUAUUGGCCAUCCUGGUAUAUACAUUAAAUGACUUUUUAUAGGUCAAUGAAUCUUUGUUAUUAUCAUCUGAUGUACAUCAACCUAUGUAUUCUAGUGGUUUAAAUUUCUGUCUCUCAAAAUAGAAGGUAAAGGUGUAUCCUUGAUGACUCCGCACUUCUCGUCCCUCCCACAGCAUUAACGUGAGACGUGGCCACAGUUACGGACGAAAGCCUCAUUCUAGUUGGAAGGGCUCACAAAGGCUAUGUGUGGGGAAGGUCUAGGAGGCUGUUGGUCACCUGAAGAAGGUGUCACUCCUCUUGUGGCUCAUUUCCCUUCCCUUCAAUUCUGUGCUGCACGGUAUUUUUAUUUCAUGUUGCUAUUUUUAUUAUUUUGCCUCUGAUUUGUUUCCUGGGUGCUCCUACAGACAUCUUACCACUUCACAAAGUAGUGGUUUUAAAACUGAGUCAUAUUACACAUGCACCCUUCUGCUCCAAGGAAGGCAAGGUGGCUUCUUUGCCCCAGAUGAACUGCAUGCAGACUACAGUUCCCUACUUUCUUGGAACCCUGGGGAUGAGCCUCCUUGCUGCAUUUACAUGGACCCUCCUCAUAAAUGUGAUCACUGUCAGGCAAACCUAACUACAUUUGCUUUCCCACCUCUCUUUCUGGCUAUCUGCCACCUUAAUGUGCCACAAUUUCCCCACUUUCAAUUUAAACCAAAGACUGUUCCCUAGAUUCUGAGUGAACUUCAGUUAUCAGAAGGAAAUCUGGAAACUGGUGGCAAUCCAUUUCAUUUUCCUACACUUCACUUCCUUUCCUUUUCUCUGUUAUGAUUUAAACAGUGCAGGCUAGUCAUAAUACUAAUCACUAGCCCAAUGUCUUACUUGGAAGAAUGGAGAAGGGAUAGUAACUAAAUAACUCACUGCUUUUUAUUUGUUUUUCCUCCUUUCCUCUACUUCCACCCUCCUCCAUGGUAAGCAUAGGACUGAACUGUGUCCUCAAAGGGCUUUCUACAUUGCUCUCUACAACACUGUUUUCAGGGUGACCCAGUUCCAUUUUUACCGUGGAAUUUAGUUUCUGCCAUCUACCUAGGAUCAGAAGGAGGUUCCUUUCAUUGGGCACAACAGUAACCACAAGAAGAAAAAUGCCAGGGGUGUGUUAUUUAAGGAACUUUUGCCAUAUCCAAAAGUAUUCCUAAGGCCACAGCACAGGUCGUGAAAAAUGAGAACAAACAGAAAGAUGUCCAGAGUGUGGCCCCAGCCUCCCUGGCACAAGAGCUCAGAUUGAGGCCUUAGCCUCUUCGUUUUAUUUAUUUAUUAAGGUAUCAUUGAUGUACAAUCUUAUGAAGGUUUCACAUGAGCAAUGUGGUUACUACAUUCACCCAUAUUAUCAAGUCGCCCCCACAUACCCCAUUACGGUCACUGUCCAUCAGCGUAGUAAGAUGGGCCUUAGCCUCUUUAAAAGGAGGAGGUCUCGUAACUUUUGGUGACUGAGCAACUGGACUAUUCUUAUUUCUGGUUUAUAGAAGCUCAUGGAAUACGCAACUCCAUCGGUCCCUCUUAACUCCUGCUUACCUCGGGAAGUUGUUUGACGGUCCCCAUUAUCUAGGCAUAGCAUGUGGUGAGGCUGUUUUUUGCCAGCAGUUAUCAGUGUGGGAGACCUGCUCUCUUGAGCAAACUGUUAAAAAAAAUUGCUACCCCAAAUGCAUCUGCUGUGUACUGCAUUUUGAUGUUUGUGUUUUUAGUGAGGUCUCCUUGGUUAGCCCCCACUGGGGGUGACUUGAGGGAGAAGGGACUGUGUGGCUGAGGUGGACAUGUGCUCUGUUUCUGUGUGUUGAAUGGACUGUGAGUUUCCUGAAACUGGGCCAAGUGGCAGACUGUAGGCAAUCCAUGGCACUGGACAAAAUCUAGAAAAGUCUGGGAAGGUGAAUGGAUGUGUUUCUGCUUAAAUUUGGCAACUUGGAGAAGUGAUGCAGAGCAGAGUCACGCAGGUUGGCACGCCCGUCUUCUGCAGGCUGGCUCAAGUUCGGGGAGAGUGGGCUGCCGGAAAACCCGGUGAUGGUUGUACCAGAUGGCCCUGGGGAGGUUUAUGAGUAGGUUUCAAGUUUAGGGACAAGUUGUGGCUUUUCGAGGCUCUCACCCUGUGCCCCUCUGUUCAGCCACCAUGAAGUUUUUGCUUGGAUCCCUGCCCAGCCAUAGCGGUGAGUGACUGAAUGGGAUCAGGGUCAGUGCAGAGAUUCAGACUGGAUCCUACAGUUACUAGAUUGUUGUUCAGCCAUUUGUGGUCUGUUGAUCAUUUCAAUUAAGCAGGUCAAGUUGGUUGACCUCUUUUACUGAUUUUUAAAUUAAACUCAACUGAGUUUCCAAAUUAUUGUUGACACAGUGAAAAAAAGGGGGUGGGAAUUUUUGUUUCAUUUCACUCCUAAAAUCAUUUUUCUCUUUGAACAUGGAAAAUCGGCUAAUCCAGUUAAUGCCUGCUCAUCUCAUUAGACUCUGUUCUGCCUUCUACCCCCACUGUGAUUGAUCUGUGCGCUCACGGGCUGUCACAAUUUCCUCUCGUAUUAGGAUGUAAGCUUCAGAUGCGUGGGGCCAUGUCUUCAUGAUGCCCUAAACUACCUGGUGGUGGCGCUAUUGAUCAUGUGCAGAUGAUGGACGCCCAGUCCUCUCCCCGUACCAAGACGGUGCUUCCCUCUUGUCUUCUUUUAAAUUGACCCACACAAUCAAUCUCUGAUCUCUUCUCUUUGAGAAAGGAUAUCCAGAUAAAGAUCAUGUGAGGCUACCUUCUCUUCUGGUCCAGUAUUUUACACCUUGAUAAUAAUGAAAAGAAAAAUGCAACCUUAACCUAACUAUGACAUGAAGAUUUUGCUUCUGUCCUGUAGGGGCUCUGAAAGAGGAGAGAGUCCAGCCUGGGUCUUCUUUCCCAGGGAAGAUUGGUUUAUGACUAUAUAGCAUGCUUUAUUCCUAGGUGUUUUAAGGGGAUUGGGACCAGUUCAGCUGGCUAGAGUUAGUAUAUUUUCAUUUUCAUGACAUUUCAUCUGUUAAGAAUGGGGUUUAUUGCAUGAUCAAAAAUCUGAACGAAAUAUUAAAUAACAAUUUCAACUGUGGGAUAGUUUGGAUCUGUAGCAGCUGGUCGCGUUGAAACACAUUCUGUUUUGCUUAAUUCCUAACUAGACAUGAUUAAGGUUAAAUGCUAAAUUUUAGGUAGGAGCUGGUAGGUGUUUCUAAGCUUUCGUGACUAACAAUAUCGCACUACUUUAGUGAAUCAUGGAACACUUUCUCAUUUAUUUUAAAUGAUUUCUUUUGCAUCUGUUAUUUUAUGUAAUCAACACGGAAGCUGGGAAGGUGACAAAGAUUGUGACAGACUCCCUCUAUCUGCUUUUUCUCCUUUGAGAAUAAAGGAUAAGUAUUUACCCUUGAACCAGGUGGAUUUGCCAGAGCAGGUUUUCCUCCAUCUCUUAAGUCUCUCCAGAGAUGACCAGUCUAUACGUAGAGCGCUAUACCAUACUGUACGUAGAGCAACGGCAGACAUCCAUAUGUUCAUUCAGAUACUGAACAACCUGGAGGGUUGCGUCCUGUCCAGACUGGUAAAUCAAGGAAGAGCUGUCCUCUGCCAGGAAUCAGCCUCCUAGUUUUAAAUAAUAUUUUUAAUAUCCUCAUUUCAAUAUGUCCUAGUUUCAUCUUCAAACCUGUACUUCCUAAAGCCCAAGAAUUACAAAGAAUUUACUUCCAAACCUGGCCUUCAACUAUUAUGUGAUCAAGGGUAAUCCUUCCCCAGUGUCUGUCAAAUUAUGUCUGCCGGUUUCAAUAAGAAAAGUUUUUAGAGUCACAGUGAGCCCAUCCACGUAAGAACUAAAAGCUCUAGCCCCGCGAUUCAUAACCCCCGAGGAAAGCCAGCGCUACAAAUAUCUCCUCUAGGCUUUGACGGAGACCAUCUGAUUCUUAAUAUAGCUCAUCAACUGCUAAGUUGAGCCCAGACUCUCCGAAUCAUUCUGUAACAGGAGAAGCGUGUCUGACUGUUGACUAGAAAGAGUCUCACCUCUUCUGUGACCCCACAAAUAAACUAAGAAGAAAGGACUACCCCCAGUCCAGCCAGCCGGUGACCUGUGGCUGUUUCAGCCCAGGAUGUCAGCCUUUACAGCACCAGAUUUGAAUCAUUUUGGUAUCAUGGGAUCCUAUCAUUGUUCAUUUGAAUCUGCUGACUGGCUUCCUCUGGAAAGUGCAGUUGGCAUGGAUGAGUCAGUGUUUUUUUUUUUUAUUUUCGGCUGUUUGUUUUUUACAAAAUAAAGAUGAACCACUUUGAGAAUUUUUCAGCAUCUCAUGAGUGUUUCAGAACCAAGGCAGAACUCGCCAGCUGGCCCUGAGUGCUACACUGAAAUAUCCCCAGUGUGGCGGGUGGGUACCAGUCACUGGAUUGUUGGGGCUGGGCGGCAGGUCCAGCCCCUUAACCUGAUGACAAUGAUAGAGAAAAAAAGUACUUGGAAAAGGAGAUACUGGGAUGGGAAAAGGAGUGGAACCGGCCUUACAGAGACUCGGCCUAUAGCACCCUCCUAGCCCCUCAGCGCCGGCAUUGCAGAGAAGGGGAAUGGGACCGCACGCGUGGUCCUCAGGGAGGCAUCUUCCUGGGGGCCUGUCCUGCCUCCCUCCACGAGUCCUCACAUCUGCCCUCCUGGAGCUCAAGGUUAAGGAUGAAGCCUGGCAAGCAGCUUCAAGGAAUGCAGUUUAUUUGGGAAAUUUCAGUGUUUUUCUUAGGACCAGGCCUUGUUCCAUGGAUCGCAAAACCUUAGGGAACUGAGAAAAUGGAUGGAUAGGCAAGCUCUGGUCUUAGGGUCCCUUGGGCCAUUCAGCUCCUACCCGCCUCGAGUCUGGCCCUGAGCCAUCAUUGCCCUGGCAACAGGAGCUAAGUGGACACUGAACUGAAGGACUACCUUUUGCCGCCUGUGGACUGUCCCAGAUUCUUCGGGACAGGCUUACUGCCCUGUGGGAGCCCCGCCUAAAGUUAGAUAAGGAUCUUCCCAUAUGCAAAGCAGCUGUAUGUUAGAGAAACAUUACUGCUGCUAUAGAAACUAUAGGCUGGGCUGUAUUUAAAAGAAGAUCAGCCUUCUUUUAAAUACAUGGCUGUUCAAAUUCUCCCAUGACCUAAUGCACCCCAAACCAGGACUUUCCUGCAGCUUUUUGUACCAAUUAAGGCAAAAACCACCAGAGCUUGCCAAAGGCAGUGAAAUGGCAAUGAGAGCUUUGGGUGUGCUGUCCAUUGCUUUUCAUUAUAUAAAAGGAAUUUCAGUUGAGAGGCAGAAACCUGCAACCAGGCCACACUGACACUGAGGUCUGAUUCUGACCUUUCUGUAGCAUAAGCCUGGGCACAAUUUGAGUUCGGCAGAGAGGGUGCCCGGCCCUGCCUCUCCGUCUGGCUGCUGCUGAGCUCCUGCUGUAAGAGGAGAUCCCGGAUUCCCAGUCUGACCCCCUGCAGAGAAGUCUUAAUUAGCCCCAGGAGUGGAAUGCUGGCCCCAGCUCAACUCACCUCUGCCCUUCUGAAGCACGGUCAUACAGGCCUUUGUUGGUGCAUUUAUUCUUUCAACAGUGACUUACUGAGCAACUGCUAUGCGUGGGAAAAAAAAGGAAUACUUUAGUGGUGUUCGUCAGAGAUAAGGAGCAAGGACAGUGUUGUAGGCCACGUGCUCAGAAUUUAACAAAAGCCAGGCAGUGGGUUUAGAGAAAACUCCCAAGUUACCUACACUCUGUUCUGGGUUUUGAGUUUGUAUAAAUCUGCAUGUGAAUGGGUAGGAAGGGGAGCUAUUUCGGAAGUGGAAGCGAGCGCUGAGUCUCUGCAGGCAGUUUGAGGCUCCUGUUCUGAGCUGGAGAAAAGGUGGUAGAGAUGAAAGGGGAGAAGGUGUGGAGCCACCAGCUGCUGGGCCCUCCCUCCAUUUCUGAUCUUGAAGAUGCGAGGGAGUCACCCUUGGGGUUCCUCCAACAUAAUUUCAGGUCAGGGCUUUGACCCUUGGGGCUUCCUCGUCAAACAUCAAUUCUGUCCCAAAUUCACCAAGCGAAGCAACCCCACGGGUGGAGGAAACGGUGGGCGCAGGGCUUGCUCCCCUCUCCUCCCACUCUCUCUCCCUUCUGUCCCUC